AUGUCCCAGUUUCCGUCAGCGCCUCCUCCUGGGGCAUACGCGCCGCCGAACCAGAACGCCCCUCCAGCUCAGGGCUUCAAUCCGCAGCAACAGCAGUACUACCAGCCGCAAGGCUCUUCGCCGUACCAGUCCUCCGCGCCAUCGUAUGGCCCGCCUGCUCAAUCACAUCAGUCCCAUAAACCUACCGCUGCGUUCGGACAGAUGCUGAAUCAAGCGGUCACGACCGGAAAGCCCAUGUUGAACAAGCUAGGGAAGACUAUAAGCUCGAAAUUGGGAAGCAAGCAGUCUGCGCAGACCACCCCUCAGCAUCUUGAGAGCUACCACAGUUAUCAGCAGCACCAGCAGCAGAAUCAGCCUCCGAACUAUCAGCAGCAAGGCCAGCAGUUCAGCCCUCAACCCCAGCAGCAGCAGAGCGCAUAUCAGACCCCUCAGCAAAGUCCCUUUCCGCAGUCGAAUUAUGGAACACCGGCCUCUGGCAACUCAGCGCAGAGCAAUUACUUCCCUCAGCAGACACCGCAGUCCCCGAAUCCUCAAGCCGCGCCGCAGCAGCCCAAUGCCGGCUACAACCCGAACAUGUUCGCACAGGGCGGGAAUGCAGGGGGUCAACCACAAGGACAACCUCCCCAGGGACAGUUCCAGCAGGGACAGUUCAGUCAGGGGUCAGCCGAAGGACAGAACCCGCAGGCCCAGGCUCAACCCGGACAAUUCGCUGGGCAGCAGACAGGCGUCGUUGGGAGCUCACAGACGCAGCUCCAGAACACAACAGCGCACUCUCCACACCCUCCCAACGCUUCCCCUAACCCUAAUGUUCAGCCCGUUGAUCAGCAGCAGCAACAGUGGGCUCCGCCGACGCCAGCUGCAAACCAGACGUCUUCCCCUCCGCCGCAGACGCAACACUUCAACCCCAGUCCACUCCCUCAUACUGCCGGCGCGGCACCUCCUGUCCCAAUACAUCCUAAUCAACAGCAGCAGCAGCAAUGGGCGCCCAUGUCACCCAUGACUCCGCACGCGCAAACGCAACAUCAGAUUCCGCCUUCUGUUAGUCCUCCACCAGCCCAUCUAGCGUCGCAAAACCAACCGCAUGCGCCGUCAAAUGCUCCCCCGGGGCCGCAAGAGCAACAGCAAUCCCAACCGCCCACGCCGGCUCCGCAGAAUGCUGCCCCACAAUCUGCGCCUACUGCGUUCAUCGCUGAAUUACCGGCAGACCUGGGCAGCCUGACCCUUGUGGAAAGCUCAAAUCCGCAGCGACCGCCUUCGAACCCGCCUGGGCAAGGCUCACAAUAUCAAGCUUACCGGCCUUCUGGGUCACAGAGCCAAUCACCCGGACCUGGAUUCACGAUCCCACGGCGCGCUGUGAGCAUGAGCACGCUGCCUCUGGCCGAUCCUUGGCGGUUCGCGGAUCCGGCUACAGAGCUGCCGACGAGAGAGUUCUAUAUCAUUGCCGAUUUAGUAUUUGAUGCGCUGGACCGGAAGUUUGAGCCGCAAGCCACAGGAAUGCUGGAGGCGAGCAAGAUCCUGGAAAGCUGGAAGGCGCAGGGGCUGGCGGAUGACGCAGCGCAACUCUUCGCAUACGAUUCUUACAGCGCGUUUGCGAAGCUCUGGAGCCUGGAGCAGAUCCCCCACGUCAUGGUUCCCUGCCAGGCAUCGUUGAUGCCCAUCUGGAACUUCCAGCACCAGUCGCACUCUCAAGACAUAAAGAUACCCACAGAACCCGCGUCCGCGAAUUCUACCUAUCCAACAUACAUGCCCGCCCUCAAUCGCGCUGGAUGGUACAAGUACUUCUUCCUCGAAAUGUGCCACCAGCCGGAGAGCCUGGACAAGGUGCUACAAACCUUCUGUGCCGACACGUACAAGCCCGGCGUCCUCAACCAGCCGGACAUCCAGAAACGCGACCAGACUCCGUUGCCUGCACUCGCGUCCCGAGCCGCGGCCAUUGGCACUGGGGCGGUGUCUCGAGUUUGUGAGGAGAUUGCUGCAGCGAUGCAGCGCGCGCAGCCGGGAGCCGCGCAAGGCCAGCCCGGCGGAGGCACGACGCAGCAGGAAGCGGCGCUGAAGCUUCACGGUCUCCAGAUGCAGCAGCAGUUCAACAACAUGGCUAACCAAACCAUGCUGCAGGGUGGGAUUAGUUUUUCGACGGCGGCGGGCAACACGUACAAGCCGAACUACGGUAGCUUCGUCUAA